UUUAGUGCAGGAUUAUAACGAUAAUCUGUUGGGUAUAUGUUGUAUAAAUAAAGUGUGGUUUACUGAGGUAAAAUGUUACCUUUAGUGAGAAAUAUGGCGGAUCUUCUGACCAUUCUCCUGACUUGGUUUGGGAUGAUGCUGUCCUGUGAUGCUGGUCGUCAGACAGUCAAGUUUACCAUAACGGUUGGAACCGAAAAACAGUAUUUAACAUCACCGAACUACCCACAGCCGUACGGAAAUGUACUGACGUAUGAGUGGUACCUUACUGCCAAUACAUCUAUCCCUUACGGAGUGAUUCAGUUUAAGGUGCUCGACUGUCGGAUCAGGGAUGCCACACCAUGUUACGAAGAAGCUAUUGUUAUAUAUAACGGUCCUAACGACUGGUUCCCGGAGUUAGACUCCUGGUGCGGAUAUAAGUUCCCUAGGAACAUUCUUACAACUGUCCACCGGACAUCUCACGUGGUCUUUACCUCGAGCGCCAGACAUCACUCAAACCCUGGCUUCAGAAUCGAGUACUGGGCUAAAUCCAAACCGCCGAUACCAGUUAAACCUGUGGUCUUGACCUGGAUCCACUUCACUUUGUUUGGACUUUUCGGAUGUUCGAUUAUUUUACUCGCAUCAUAUAUAACAAUCACCACUGCCUUGCGAAAUAUCGACAAGCUCAUUCAUCCAAGAAAAACUUCUUCAUUACAUGACGUAACAAACAGCGAGGUUCUGUUCAUGUUGACAGUACAGAUGACAGGUGAUAUUUGAUAUAAGGUCUAAAGUAAAAUGAUGAAAAUAUGGCAAAAAUAGCUUAACCGCAAGAGUUUUUGGCAAAAAAUGCGGAUAUCUGAAAAUAGCCCUGAACUCCACAGUUAAUCAUUUGUCUUCAAAACAUUCCUCUUACAAUGUUAAGGCGCUUUUUUAAGCAUUGUUACUCAUUGAGACACCUAAAGUCACUUAAUACUUGAGAUUAUGGAAGGACGUUGCACAGCGAUCCAGAAACAGUGGGAAUUCUCUGAAAUUUUACCCCAACUAAUAUGCAGUAAUGGAAAGCUUUUUGCUACGAGCUGCAGUUGUGUACAAUAACUUACCAGAAGAUGUGACGAGUAUCCAUAAUUUGAACUGUUUCAAAAUUGAACGAGAUCAAGACCGGGAAAAUGUUGGUUUGUUAUAUAGUUUUAGAACAGAUAUACGAGUGUUACAUUAAACGUAGUGUGAACCAGAUCCAAACGCAUGUAAACAACAACACGUGGACGGCGGAUGACUGCUGUGAUAAAGCUGCAGCAGACGCUUUACUCCUUAAGAUGUUGAUUUCAUACAAUAUAUAGUUCCGAUAAGCUUGUCAAAAAGAACACCAAACACUCGGUUAACUCUGAUAAUUAAUUUCUUUUGUGAAUAAUACUGAUAUUUAUCAUUCAAAAAGAACAAUUGACACUGGUAAACAAGCAGACGAACAUAUGCAUAUGUGUGACCUCGUAAAAGUAGUUCCGGGUCAGGUCAUAGUGACGUAACCCUAUCGAGAACAAGAGCACGUUCAAAGAGCACGUGUAGCUUGUCGUUUCCCUAGGGUGAAAUUAAUAUAAUCUUUCAUCCCUUUUGGGGCAAGAUAGGGGGAUCUCAACCCAAAAAGGGUGAAUGAUUAUUUUUCUCUUACCCAGUUUUCCAAUCAUAGUGUGAACGAAAUCCAAACGUAUAUAUUUACACAUUUGCAAAGUUUUGUCACUAUAUAACAAUACCAGACCGAUUUGUUUACCAUUCUUGCAUGGAAACAUUGACCUUUGAACUUGCGUAUGAAAAUAUGACAGGGUACGGGAACUACUUUCGCCAAGUACAUGACUUUGUUUACAUUUACAAUUUAAGUUACAACGGGUUAUUUUUUAAUUUGAAAACUUAACUGUAUCAUCGGUUGCCUGUACCAGUGGUCCACGAGUAGAUAGCUGUCGUUCCGAGCCGCCGGCCCUUUGCCCUCCUGUAACUGUGUGCGAUCAACCGUCAAAACAUGCCGUUCCUUUCGGGAGUCUUUGGAUGUUGGACUAACAACGGCAUCACAGAGUCAAACAUCCAUAUCUAACACUUCCAGCUAUUUAAACUCUGGGUUGAUGACAAACAGCGUAUUCCACGGGUGCACAUUUAACUUCGGAAAACUGUAAACUCCUCACUGAUCACACGUGUCAGCGGCUGAGCGGGUAGCGAGUGCUUCGGUCGCGGUCUGUUUUCUGUUACUCUCGAUGAACGCGUGAUGAAAUGUUUCUUAAAAUAAAACA